AUGACGAAACUCCAGAGCCUGGUCGCCUCCAGCGGGCUUUGGCUGACAACUCUGGGUGCCGCUACCGCCGCCGUCUACACACCGAAACACGAAGCGGGACGCUGCGCGAUUCGAGGUCAUUGCGGAUCCAAGAGCUUCUUCGGUAGCCAGCUGCCCUGCGUGGACAACGGGCCAGCCGAGGAGCCGGACGCCAAGUUACGGCAGCAAUUGACAGAGCUCUGCGGCCCGAAAUGGGCUCAGGGUGCGGUCUGCUGCAACGCCGACCAGGUGGAUGCACUCAAGUCGAACCUUGCGACGGCGAAUCAGAUAAUAUCGACAUGUCCCGCGUGCAAGGACAACUUCUUCAACAUGUUCUGCACUUUCACCUGCUCGCCAGACCAGUCGCUGUUCAUCAACGUGACCAAGACCAUGGAGAAGAACGGCAAGACACUGGUGACCGAGCUGGACCAGCUGAUUUCGGAAGAGUACGGGUCGGGGUUCUACAACAGCUGCAAGGACGUCAAGUUUGGGCCGACAAACUCGAGGGCGAUGGACUUGAUUGGGGGCGGCGCCAAGAACUACACACAGCUGCUCCAGUUCCUGGGCAAGGAGCGCUUCGGAGGCUCGCCCUUCCAGAUCAACUUCCCCGUCAGUUACUCGGAACCCGACAUGAAGGCGCUACCGAUGACACCGAAGAGGUGCAACGACGAUGAUCCGAACUUCCGCUGCGCUUGCAUUGACUGUCCGGCGGUAUGUCCGGAGCUUCCGGAUGUCAGGGAGGCGAGAUCGUGCCACGUCGGGGCGUUGCCAUGCCUGUCUUUCGCGUCCAUUCUGACGUACGGCGUCUUGUUGUUCCUGUGCGUUUCGGCAGUUCUUGUCCACUUCGCAUGGAGCAGGCAUGCCAAACGUCGGAACGAGAGGCUCAGGCUGCUUACGGAUGCGGCCCCGAGUGACGACGAGGAUGAGGGAGACCUUACCGAGAACGGGGCCAUGUUCGAUCGGCCGCAGAGCACAUACGUCAUCAACACCCUGUGUGAUGCUGCCUUCGCACGGCUGGGUCACAUUGCUGCAAGGUUCCCGGCCUUGACUAUUGGGAGCACUUUCCUUGCGGUCCUUCUUCUCAGUGUCGGCUGGUACCACUUUGACAUUGAGAAAGAUCCGGCUCGCUUGUGGGUGAGCCCGACGUCCGCGGCGGCGCAGGAGAAAGCCUUCUUCGACUCCAAUUUCGGGCCGUUCUAUCGGACCGAGAAAGUUUUCCUUGUCAAUGACCUGGACUUCUCGGCUCCUGGGCCGGUGCUAAGCUACGACACGCUUCUUUGGUGGAUGGAUGUCGAAAAGAGCGUCCGUAACCUUAAGGGCGCCAAGUAUGGCAGCACCCUGCAAGACCUCUGCCUGAAGCCAACGGGCGAUGCUUGUGUUGUCCAGUCUGUCGCGGCAUACUUCCAGGACGAUCCCGAUAUGGUUGACAGGGACGGCUGGAAACGCAGGCUGCGGGAGUGUGCUGACUCCCCGGUCGGGUGCCGUCCAGAAUAUGGUCAGCCCUUGGAGCCAAAUAUGAUCCUUGGAGGCUACCCUGGGUCCGGCGACCCCGCCGAUGCAACGGCUAUGACGGUCACCUGGGUCCUCAACAACUACCCGGAGGACUCCGCGGAGGCGGACCGCGCGAUGGACUGGGAAGAGGCUCUCAAGACCCGGCUGCUGGCACUCCAAGACGAGGCUAGGGAGCGAAACCUCCGUCUCUCCUUCUCGACGGAGAUCAGCUUGGAGCAGGAGCUCAACAAGUCAACCAACACGGACGCGAAAAUCAUCGUCAUCAGCUAUAUCAUAAUGUUCCUCUAUGCCUCAAUUGCGCUCGGCUCAACGACCCUAUCAUUCCGUGACUUCCUCCGCAACCCGGCGAUAUCGCUAGUCGAGAGCAAGUUCACCCUCGGCGUCGUGGGCAUUCUCAUCGUGCUCAUGUCUAUCACUGCUUCCAUCGGUCUGUUCUCUUGGGUGGGCCUCAAAGCCACGCUCAUAAUCGUCGAUGUUAUUCCCUUCAUUGUUCUGGCCGUCGGCGUCGACAACAUCUUCUUGAUCGUUCAUGAGUUUGAGAGGGUGAAUAUCAGCCAUCCAGAUGAUAUGGUUGAGGUCAGGAUCUCCAGAGCGCUUGGCCGGAUGGGCCCCUCGAUCCUUUUCUCCGCUAUCACCGAGACCUUCUGCUUUGCCCUGGGCGCUUUCGUUGGCAUGCCCGCGGUGCGCAACUUUGCCGUCUAUGCUGCUGGCGCGGUCUUCAUCAACGCUAUCCUUCAGGUUACCAUGUUCGUCUCGGUUCUCACACUGAACCAAAUCAGGGUCGAGGAUUCCCGGGCGGACUGUUUCCCUUGCGUGCAGGUCAAGUCUGCUAGGAUACACCUCAGCGGCAACAGUACAGGUAACGGGACUCGAUUCUACGAAGAGCCUUCCGAGAGCAUGUUACAACAGUUCAUCCGCAAAACGUAUGCACCGAGGCUGCUAGGGAAGAAAACCAAGGCGGCCAUCAUUGCCAUCUUCCUCGGUGUCUUUGCGGCCGCCGUAGCCUUACUUCCCGAGGUCGAGCUUGGGUUGGACCAACGUGUCGCGAUUCCCGACGAUUCCUACCUGAUUCCGUACUUCAACGAUCUGUACGACUACUUCGACGCUGGCCCGCCAGUCUACUUCGUUACGCGGGAGUUUAAUGGCACGGAAAGGGUGCAGCAGCAGAAGAUUUGCUCUCGCUUUACCACUUGCCAGCAGCUGUCCCUUACGAACAUUCUCGAGCAGGAGCGGAAGAGGGACGAUGUUUCGUACAUCUCGUCGCCUACUGCGGGUUGGAUUGAUGACUUCUUUCAGUGGCUGAACCCGGAUAACGAGGCAUGCUGCGUCGACAGACGCAAGCCAUGCUUUUGGAAGCGCGAGCCCGCAUGGAACAUCACCUUGACUGGUAUGCCCGAAGGCGCCGAAUUCGUGCACUACCUCAAAAGGUUUCUCACCGCCCCCACCAACGAGGAUUGCCCCUUGGCCGGCCAAGCGUCAUAUGGCUCCGCUGUCGUUGUCGACGAGGACCGCGACACCAUCCUAGCCAGCCACUUCCGUACCAGUCACUCCCCUCUCCGCAGCCAGGAUGACUUCAUCAAGGCUUACGCCUCCGCGCGCCGCAUCGCAAACGACAUCAGCGCCAGCACGGGCCUCGACGUCUUCCCCUACUCGGUCUUCUACAUCUUCUUCGACCAGUACGCCAGCAUCGUCUCUCUGACCGCGACGCUGCUCGGCUCAGCGGUCGCCAUCGUCUUCCUUAUCUCCACGAUCCUGCUCGGAUCGGCGCUCACCGCGGCCGUCGUCACGAUCACCGUCAUCAUGGCGCUCGUCGACAUCAUCGGUGCCAUGGCCCUCAUGGGCGUCAGCCUCAACGCCGUCUCGCUUGUCAACCUCAUCAUCUGCGUCGGCAUCGCCGUCGAGUUCUGCGCUCACAUCGCCCGCGCCUUCAUGUUUCCCUCGCGCACCUUCAUGGAGAGGGCUAAGAACCGCUUCCGGGGGCGCGACGCCCGCGCGUGGACUGCGCUGGCGAACGUGGGCGGCAGCGUCUUUUCGGGCAUCACGGUCACCAAGAUCCUCGGUGUGACGGUGCUUGCCUUUACGCGCAGCAAGAUUUUUGAGAUCUAUUACUUCAGGGUGUGGGUUGCGCUAGUUGGGUUCGCUGCAAGCCAUGCGUUGGUGUUCCUGCCUGUUGCCUUGUCGUUGGCUGGUGGUGAAGGGUAUGUGGAUCCCGAGAGCGAGGGCGGGCUCGAGGAGGAUCUCGCCACUAGGCGGUAUCGGGCGCUCGUACCCGACGGCGAUACGGACUCGGAGGAGGAGGAUUAG